GCUUGUCCUCCACCUGGGCGUCGUGGAAACCACACCGUCUGCAAAUCAUCCGCGUUUAACUUCCACGCUACCCACGGCCUGACCACAUUGCUUCUCCGGUUUUCUGGCUGUGCUUCUCUUGGCUCGACUGAGGCUACGUCUUUAUACGCUCUAGCUGCCUGUCUUCCACAGACCGCGGCAAAUCAUCCGAAGACGGUUUGCGACGGACAUAUCUCUGCAGCCAUCCCUCCUCGUGGGCGCACGCAUCCAACCAUCCAACCUCAGCUUAGAGCCUAGCUACCCUCGACACCUCGCCAAUCUACACAGUCUAUGGACGCACGGCAAGCAGACUACCCGCAGUCAGGUUUGAGCUCGCCCUACCCAACCUUUCCUGAAUCAGCUUCUGAGGGAACCUCUGCAGAUCAAGCAUCUGCUGCGCAAUACCCUCCCCCGGGACCAGAUCCUCGUUCCUCCAACCUCACCCCAAAUUCAGACUACAGCCUGAAUCCUUCGUCGGCUCGAUCAGGGUCGUUUCCGGAUUACAUUCAACGUUCGUAUCAACCCGGCGCUCAAGGGCAAGCACCCGGUGGUAUGGCGCAACAACAGAGUCCGUCAAUGCCUCUCCCAGAUGGUCAAGCAAAUGGCCAUCAAUCACCACAACAACUCAAGUCUGACUCGGAUGUUCCUAUAGAUCCAUCAAUCGCCGCGCAGACGAGCCCAACAUAUGCAAGCCACCAGCAGCAAUACUCGCCUUACACACCUCACCACGACAUGCAGCAUUAUCCAGGGCAGCCCCAAACUCCCAUGGGGUACCCUUCGCGACCUGAGUGGGCAGGCCACUACCCUCAGCCAGGUAUGCACUACGGGCAUCCUGCGACUUCAGGGCCACCUGCGCCUGCAAUGGUCUCUCCAGUUCAGCGACCACCCACUGGCGGGCAUCCGCUAUCCACAGUAUACUCAUUUGUACCCAUUCCUGGCGCACAACAACAUAAGCGACCACGUCGGCGAUACGAAGAAAUUGAACGCAUGUACAAGUGCGGAUGGAAUGGCUGCGAGAAAGCAUACGGUACUUUGAACCAUUUGAAUGCGCACGUCACGAUGCAGUCGCACGGCGCAAAGCGCACUCCUGAAGAGUUCAAGGAAAUCCGAAAGGAGUGGAAAGCAAAGAAGAAGGAGGAGGAGGCUGCACGCAAAGCCGACGAAGAGCGACACCGCGCCGACGUGCAGCAGCGCGCCCACGAAGGAGGCGCUCCUGAAGCACCUGUCUAUGGACAGAUGCGACAGGCGGUCGGCGUCCCUGGUCAACCUCCUCAACAUCCCCAACUUCCCCCCAUCGGGUACCAACCUGCAGCCUCUGGCAACAGCACUGCUCCUCAGUACGGCACGCAGAGUCCAGGUCUCCCUGAGGGCAUGGCUCAGUAUGCCACCCCCAACAGCAAUGCGUACAACAGUCCAAAUAGUAACAAUAGCAGUUACCCCCAGUCGCCCUACGGACAAAACCCGCAAAUGUACCAGCAGAACCACUAGGAACGUCCUGCCAGUCCAGAAGCCGACCCCCCUCGAUUACCUGUUUGAAGACGAUGAUGGUCGUCAAGAUCGAGGUAUACCAAAAGCGCACUCACUUGUUCCGUCGCACAGAGCAAGCGAGUCUCGACGACUCUCUUUACGGUGGUUCUUUGCCU